CAUUUUAUGAUUUGGUGUGGAAGCGCUCAGGAUCCGCUGCCCGCCGGGGGAGAGAGACGCACCGGGAGCCUCGACGCACAAACUCACCGUCAGAAAAAAUGACCGUAGAGAGAAUAUUCGAUGAGCUCGGACAUUUCAAAAGAUUUCAGGCAUGUCUGUAUUUUGCAGCAGUAUUCCAGGCUGUAGCCUGCGGGAUCCACUACCUGGCCUCUGUCUUCUUAGUGGAGACACCAAACUUUGUUUGCAGUGUACCCAGCAACAUCACAGAUGUCCUGUACGGCAACCUGACGGUAUCCAGUCUGGAAGAAAUCCUGCCAGUCUUCAAGUCGGGGACUGGGCCCUUGGUGGUGAGGACGGCUGAGGGCCAACAGUGGGAGCUCAGCCGGUGCCGCUGCGCCCUGCGCGUCGACCCAAAAGACUUUACAUACGAUUUUGAUGGCAACAAAACAGUGAGAGCCUGCAAUGGGACCUUUGUUUUCGACCACACUGAAGUUCACCAAAGCAUUGUGACGGACUGGGACUUGGUGUGUGAGAGAGAGUGGCUGGCCAAGCUGUGCCAGCCCACCUUCAUGCUGGGGGUGCUGAUCGGAGCGCUGCUGUUUGGGGACAUUGCUGACAGAGUUGGUCGUGUGAAAAUUCUGAUGUUCACCAGCCUCUGCCAGUUUGUGCUUGGGGUAUCUGUAGCGUUUUCUGGAAACUACUAUUUCUUUGUGGUGCUUCGCUUCCUCCUUGCCAUGGUAUCCAGUGGCUACCUCGUGGUGGUGUUUGUCUAUGUCACAGAGUUCACUGGCAUCAAGGUACGAACAUGGACCUCUAUGCACGUGCAUGCAGCCUUUGCCGUCGGCAUCAUGGUAGUGGCUCUGACCGGUUACCUGGUGCGGGUCUGGUGGAUCUACCAGAUCAUACUCUCCACGUGCACCUCGCCGUUCCUGUUCUUCUGCUGGAAGUUCCCAGAGACGCCCUUUUACUUGAUGGCCAAGGGCCGUUACAAGGACGCUCAGACCCUGUUAGACGCAAUAGCCCGCUUCAAUGGUCUUGAUUACAGGCUGAAGGUGGAGGAGCUCCUGGAGCCAGAGGAGAGGGAGAAUGGCAGAGCUCUGCUCGAGGAGUCAGAGGAGCGGCCAUCGCAGUCUGAAAAGAAGCUAUCCAUCCUGGACCUGUUCGGCAGCUGGAGGAUGGCGGGCCGUACGUGCACAGUGUGGGCCAUCUGGUUCAUCGGCAGCUUGGGCUACUACGUGUUCUCUUUAGGCUCAGUCAACCUAGGAGGAAACCAGUACAUUAACCUCUUCCUUGCUGGUGCAGUGGAGCUCCCCUCCUAUCUGGUUGGCUGUUUUGCAAUGGACCGGAUUGGCCGGAAGAAGACGUGUGCCCCAGCUCUGCUCCUGGCCGGGAUCGCUUGUAUGCUCAUCAUUGUGGUACCUGCUGACAUUCAGGUACUGGCCAUCGCUCUCAGUAUGACAGGGAAGUUUGCCAUCGCCAUUGCCUUUGGUCUCAUCUACCUGUACACCUGUGAGCUUUACCCAACCAUCAUCAGGUCUCUGGCAGUGGGUAGUGGCAGUAUGAUGUGCCGUGUUGGCAGUGUGGUGGCCCCCUUCUGUGUGUACCUGUCUGAGGUCUGGGUCUACCUACCUCAGCUCAUCGUGGGAAUCCUGGCAUUCAUUAUCGGAGUGCUGACGUUGUUGUUGCCUGAGACCCUAGGCAGACCUCUGACAACCACAUUGGAAGAGGCUGAAGCUCUGGGACGCGAGCCUAGCAAGAAGAACUCAGCCCUGGGCAAUAAAGAUGCAGAGGAUGGGUUGGAGCUGAAUCAACCUGAUGCCAAGGCUUGAGUUAUACACUGCUGGAAGAGAGAGAGAGAGACCGAUGCACAAAGAGAAGCAAAUAGCAAGAAAAAUGAAGGAAAAGAGAGGAGGUGAUGGCUGCCAAAAACUGACAUAUUAGCUUCAUUGAUUUAUUGGAUUGUUGGAAGAAAACGAAAAAAACAAAAACAACAAGCUUUUUAAAGAACUUGUUGAAAUGACGUGUUUGUUGACAUUUUGUUCUGUAGAGAGACCAACAGUUCUUUUCACUCUUCUUUAAGGGUCUUCAGACAUUACACAAAGCCUCAUGCGUGCAUACAGAUCUCAGUUAGGUAAAAAAUCAUGAAAUCGAUGAAAAUCAUGUGUGGUAUGUGUGUGUAUAUUGUGUGCGUCCAGUUGUGUGUGUCCAAGACCCAGGAUACAUGAAGUAUAUUAAAGGAUCAUUUCAGUUUGUGACAACUUCAGUCGUAUUUUUGAAGAUUUGCCCAUUAUUUCUUUUAGUUAAUUAAUAACUUUAAACUCACUACAGUAAUUUCUGAGAUCUGGAAGCAUGGUAGCUAUAACACAAGUCUGAUAGGGCAAGAAACAACAGCAGUUAGGUGUUGUAAACAAGCCAACUGUUCAGCCAAAUUAUCAAAACAGCUUUAUUUGCACACCAGAAAUAUCAGUAAUAAUACACACAGGAACAGUGUGUAUUAUUGUGCACAGUGGGUCAACGUUGAACCAGAAAAUGUGAUCUCAGAUCUCAGCAAUUAACUGGAAAGCCAAAACUACAAAAAUAAGACCCAAAUUGUAAUAAUCUGGAAUUAUCCUUUAAGAAGAGGAAGUUACCAUAAGUACAGUGACACAACAGUCAGCUUCUGUGCCGUGAUUGAGUUACCUCUCUGAAACCGUCUAAUCAAUCAGUCAUAAGUGCAGAUCAUGGCUGUGCAUAUAGUAUUAAGGUGUACAGAUACAGUUAUUCUAAACAUGUGUAAUACAUAUCAUUUCCAUGAUCUAAACAAUAGAAUGAUUUAUUCUAAUAACAAGUGCCUUAUUUUUUAAUAGUGAACCUUUUUAUAAUUUUCAACUUUUUUUUAAUCUCAGGGCAUCCUGUUUUGGAUAUCACUGUGAAAUGAUCCUAAACAUACCGUUUACUUUUACUUUACUCAGUUUGACAGUAUCCAUCUUGUUUAAGAUGCCAUUGCUUAGCUUUAACUUUGUAUCUAAUGUUUGUGUGUGUGUGUGCAUGUGUGCGUUGGUAAGUACAGUAGUUGGUGUCCCAGUUUUCUACGUGCUUAUUCAGUGUAUACAAUCUAGAUGCUAGACAUACUGAAGGAAAUGUAUGUAGUAAGACGUGAUCUCCAGAUAUUUGGACCAAAGGCAGGAAUGAAGCACAACAGUGUGGAGAUGUAUUGACCUGCUUGCAAUGUUGUAGUGUACUACCAGCAUGUUUUUGUUUAUUAUCAAACCAUAGUAUGGUGCUUUAAUCUAAAGGAGAUCAAAAAAUCAUGACAAUCAACUGGUAUCCUAACAGUGAAGGAAUUUGAUUACCAGGUGGGGUAAAAGGACUCAGGUUCAGUAUUUCAUUCUGGACAGAUUUACAAUCAACAGUAUGUUGUUGUUGUUGUUUUCAUAUGAAUUGAUUUUUUUGUUAGUAUUAUCUUUAUUUCAUUACGCAAAAAUAAAUAAGAUGUUGAAGUUG